ACAGCCGCAGCCCAUGAAGCUAAAUCACCUCUCCUCACGCACAAAAUUUGACUGAUUGCAACUCGAUAUACACAGAAAAACGAGCGUCCCACUUCUGCAGCAGUUGUUACCAUCCUCCUAACCAGAAACCAUCAUGAAGUGGUGUCCGGAGGACAAUUUCUUUGAGUCGUGGCGGUUCGUCUACUGGAUCACAAAAGUUUUCGCCAUCACAACCUACACCGUCAACUUUGAAGACCAAACUGCGGAGCAAACUUCUACCGAUCAGCUGGUGAUGAUCGCAAGCUUGCUGGUUUGCCUACUGUCGAUGUACAAUUCAUACGAGAGUUACAAAAUUUGGAUGAACUGGAUGACUACAUCGUACAUCUCGAAUAUCGGACUAUUUGCGACGCAAGGUUUUUUGCAAUUGUCGCAGCUGAUAUCGCUGAUUUUGAACUACAUUAAUGCCAUGAAAGUUUUCAAGAUUGCCACCAUCAUGAACAAAGUGGACAAGAAGUUUUUCGUCCUAUUUGGCUACCGAAUGACAUACCAUAGAAGACAUUUGUACGGGGCACUACUGGCAGUGUCUGGUUAUAUUAAUUGGAUCAUCUAUAUGAUCGUUAUGACGCAUUACUUCAAUCCCCUGAACAGUGGUUUGACCCUAAUUGAGCUAUUAAGAAUAGGACUGUCCUCCUUCUGGGUGGUGCUGUGUUUCCAGACAAAUGGGAUUUACAUCGUACUCAUACUGCUCACACUUCGGACACACUUUGCGCAGCUGAAUAAACAAAUUAGAAAACACUUCAACACCACUCCACACGGAAAACUACGGUACACGAUGGAUUCGGAUCAGGCGAGCAAAUUGAUUAUGAAAUUUGCAACUUUGCAUGAUCAGCUCAGUGACGCCAUUGGCCUGUUCAACCAGUGUUUCUCGACGCAGGCCAUGUUUGGACUGACGUUGGCUUUUGGUUUUACCGUGUUUUCAAUCUUCGGGGUGAUCCAUACGCAUGCGACCGACACAGAUGAAAAUUCUCGUCAAUUGUCCCGGUUCAACAUGAUCUACGAUGGAUUCUAUGUGCUUUUCAUCGUACAAUUGGUGGUGUUCUCCAGCCUGGUAAAUACGGAGUGUAAGAGGACAGCAACAGUUAUUCACAAGGUCAUCUGCUAUGGAUCACACGAUAAGCAAACUUUAAAAGAGCUACGCAUAUUUUCCCAGCAGCUGUGGCAUCAUACUCCAAAAAUUUCUUGUGGUUUAUUCGCCUUUGAAUGGGAGCUCUUUUACACGAUGGCAGGAUCUCUUACGACGUAUCUGAUCAUAUUGAUGCAGUUUGAUUUGGUAAACUUUGACUACGCAGUACUGGUGGCCGGUGGUGAUUGAAAGUGAUCGAAAUUUUGUUUCGAAAUGUAAUAAUUUAAUGUUAUAUUGUAAUUUGGAGCGCCAUAGAACAUUAAAAAUAUGUUAAGAGAAUAAUAAGAAAUGUUUCAAAAAUAUUAAUCAAAAUCUUAGCAAAAAAAUCACUACAGUUUUGACUACGUUUCUCAUUUCUGGAACGUUUGCAUUCAAAAAUGGACAUUUUUUCAGAUGGUGAUAAAAAACUAAGACAGGUAAUUGAGUUUGAUAAAUUUCCUAUGGAAGGUAAUUAUACAGGGUUUUCCAUUUCGGGCUUCCGAAAGUAUACAGCCCUGACAUAGCUGUCAACCAAAGCGUCAUAUCGUUAGUUGAAUGUCUGCCAUUUUACAAUGUUAUAUUGUAAAACCGGCAAAUGUUUUUCGAGCAUUACGGACGGAUUUUGGUCGUCAUGGACGGCCUAGUGAACGAACAACAGCAGCAAAAUGCUGAAUUUUCGCAUCAAAUUUUCUUCAACGACGAGGCACAUUUCGAGCUCGGUGGCUAUGUGAACACCCAAAAUUUCCGUAUAUGUUGCUCAGAAAAUCCACACGUGAUUGUUGAGAGGCCAUUGCAUCCGCCAAAAGUCACUGUUUGGUGCGCAUUAUGGUCUGGUGGAGUCAUCGGGCCGUAUUUCUUUGAAAAUGAGGACGACGAGAUGGUAACUGUAAAUGGUGAGCGCUAUGGCCGCAUGAUAACCGAUUUUUUUGCCACAAAUUGAAGAUAUGGAUACGGAUGACAUGUGGUUUCAUCAGGACGGCGCCACGUGCCACACAACACGACCGAACAUGGCCAUAUUCCGAACGAAAUUUGAGGGACGCAUAAUUUCGCGUUUUGGUGAUGCCAAUUGGCCGUCCAGAUCAUGCGAUUUGAACCCACUAGACUUUUUUUGUGGGGUUAU